AAAAGCACACAAUUGAGCAAGAUUACGUUCCUAUCUCUCGUGUUUUUUAUGUCCAAGUAUUUCAAUGGAGAUACGUUUCUGGGGUGUCUAUUGACACAUACAUCGCACAAAAACUGACUGGAACACGCAUAUGGAAAUUUUAUAUUUUAAUUAGAAUUUAUUUAGAAAAUACUAACCGGAUGACAUGUAGGUAAUUUUGUGCUGCUUUCCAGUACCGCUAUCCCAACUUGCUACCAGGCGCAAGGCGAGAAAUAAUGUGAAUUCUGGCAAAGAAUUAUGGCAUCGAACCCACUGGAAACGUGUGGCAUUUCUGUAUUUAAUCAGUUGUCGAUCAGCAGCAGCUCUCGAGUUCUUAAUUGGUGAAGUCAGAGCGCCGGACAAUGCUAUCCAGUUAGCCCGAGGUUGUUGCUAGCUGGCUAAGGAAGUUAGCCAGUUAGCUAGCAAGCCGCGUCAGCUUGCCGGAGGCUGUUCCCUUGUUUCGCGCAUUUCAAGCCUGUCCACAGAUCUCUGGAACUGUUAAACCGGUGGUGGGAAAGUUUCUUUGGGCAUUUUUGUUUGUCUUGACAAUGGCUCCACAUAAGCAGAGCUCCUCAGGUGGAAACCACCCGGUGGGUUUUGGUCAUGGAGGAAGAGCCAACGGGUUGUACCAGUCGUCGUCCUCUGCGGUGGCUGCAGCCAAGAAGCCCAACAUGCAACUCACUCAAGCCGACCACGAGUUGUUCCUGCAGGCCUUCGAGAAACCAACCCAGAUCUACAGGUUUCUCCGCACUAGGAACUUGAUCGCUCCCAUAUUCUUGCACAGGACACUCACCUAUAUGUCCCACAGAAACUCAAGGAAUAACGUCAAAAGGAAGAGCUCCAAGGUUGACCAUCUGCUGUUCAAAGUGGAGAAGAUGAAGGGUGAACAGGAGACUCACAGCUUGGCCUCUAAUCUGCAGCUCACCUUUACUGGUUUCUUCCAUAAAGCUGGGAAGCCGUCUCAGGACUGUGAGAAUGAGCAGAACUCUGUUUCUCUGGAGGUGCUGCUGGUCAAAGUCUGCCACAAGAAGAGGAAGGAUGUGAGCUGUCCAGUGAAGCAGGUCCCUACAGGGAAGAAGCAGGUUCCUCUGAACCCAGACACGAGCGCUGGAGUCCAGGCCAAACCGGGCUCCUUCCCCUCUCUGCUGGUCCCCAGUAGUGAGUUUGAACCCAGCAACUCUCACAUGGUCAAGUCUUACUCCUUACUCUUCAGAGUGUCGCGGCCUGGAUGCCCCAGAGCACAGAUGAACGGACUGACCAACGGAGAGAAUCACCACAACAGAGAUUUCACAGAGGAAGUGGUAAACAGGAAGAGGAGGAGCUCCUCUCUCAGGGAGGAGGGAGAAACCACAUUUGUGGCUCAGAUGACGGUCUUUGAUAAAAACAGACGUCUGCAGCUGUUAGAUGGAGAGUAUGAGGUGUCUAUGCAAGAGAUGGAGGAGUGUCCUGUCAGUAAGAAGAGGGCGACCUGGGAGACCAUCCUGGACGGAAAGCGUCUACCUCCAUUUGAGAGUUUCUCCCAGGGUCCCACGCUGCAGUUCACCCUGCGUUGGACCAGUGACUCCUCUGAUCGCUCCACUGCACCUGUAGCAAAACCUCUAGCCACCCGCAACUCUGAGACCAACCAGGACACCAGACCCAGCACCCUGAGAGCCACACAAACACUGGCUCUUAAAGAAUCCAUAAACACUGACGUACAAACCAAGAGAGAACAAAUCUCAGCUGAGCCCAGACAGAAACUGCGCAUCUUCUACCAGUUCCAGUACAACAACAACACUCGGCAGCAGACGGAGGCCAGAGACGACCUCCACUGUCCCUGGUGCACCCUCAACUGCAGGAAGCUCUACAGUCUGCUCAAACACCUCAAACUGUCCCACUCCCGCUUCAUCUUCAACUAUGUGCCCCAUCCUAAAGGAGCAAAGAUCGAGGUCUCCAUCAACGAGUGCUACGAUGGUUCAUAUGCAGGAAACCCUCAGGACAUCCACAGCCAGCCGGGCUUCGCCUUCAGCAGGAACGGCCCCGUCAAGAGGACCGCUGUCACCCACGUCCUCGUCUGCAGACCCAAGAGGACGAAGCCAAGUCUGUCUGAGUUUUUGGAGUCUGAGGACGGCGAUCGAGAGCAGCAGAGGACGUACAUCAGCGGACACAACCGCCUCUACUUCCACAGUGACAGCUGCCUGCCGCUCCGUCCUCAGGAGAUGGAGGUGGACAGCGAGGACGAGAGGGACCCAGACUGGCUGAAGGAGAAAACCAUCAAGCAAAUCGAGGACUUCACAGACGUCAACGAGGGAGAGAAGGAGAUCAUGAAGCUGUGGAACCUGCACGCCAUGAAGCGCGGCUUCAUAGCAGACAACCAGAUGAAUGAAGCCUGCCUGCUGUUUGCCGAACACCACGGCGCCCACAUCGUCAAACACAACCUCUGCCGCAACUUCCUGCUGCACCUGAUCAGCAUGCACGACUUCAACCUGGUCAGCACUGUGACCAUCGACCAGGCCAUGGCCCGACUCCGCCUCAUCCAGAGCCAGGCCGCUCAGAGAGACAAAGACAGGGAGGAGGAGGAGGAGGAGGAAGAGGAGGAGGACUGGGAGACAGCCGUGGAGUCCCAGCCGGAGCCAGAUCCAGAUCCAGAUCCUGAUCCAUCUGAGUAUAAACCCUAUAGUGAUGAGACAAGCAACGGCUGCCUGGAGAAUGGAAACCAGCAGCAGGCAGGAGGAGGAGGAGGAGGAGAGUGGAGGAGCUGUGACAGAACGAAUGUUCAGCAAGCAGAAACUCUGCGGCUCUGGUCCGGUUUCAAACUGACAGCUCAACUAGAGCCACAAAGAUCCCAAACAGGACACGAGUUUGGCUACAAACCAGAAUCAACAAAAAGGUGACAGACAAACAGGUGUUAAUCACUCACAGGUUACUGCAGGGAUUAUGUUUUCAAGGGCAGGUUACAACAGAAACACGAUGAACUUUUAAUCACAGAAGUCACUUGUUUCUCACACAUUCACAUGGAGACGCUGCAGAGGAGAGAAUCAUUUCAUGACUGGUGAAGGUGGAGAGGAGUUCAGAAAACUUGAAGCUUUGAAUCAUCAUGAUUUCCUUCUCUUUCAGAAAUGCACAGGUGCCACAUUAUUUCCUCACUGAGUUUAUCAUGACAAAGCUAUGAAGUGAGCACAAAGCAGCCUCCGCUCUGGAGGAACAGAUUGUAGCUGUUGCUGUUUUAGAUUUUUCUAGUUGUCAACAAAUCCCAUGAAAAUUCUCAAACCAACAAUAUGUUCAUCUGUUUCUGACUGGAACUGAGCUGGGCCCAAAACAUCAACCACACUCCAGAUCUUAUCCUGCGUUGCUCCUUAAACGUAAUUUUUGAAUCUCGACCAAUCAGAUUCAUUUGUGCUCCCUCCAUAGUUUUGCUAAUGAACUAAUGAAUGGGAUCGUUCUCGUCUUCCUCAGUGUGAUGCACCGAUCAGUGACCUUCCAGACUCACUCAGCUCCACCAAAGGUUUUCAUUUAUCACUGUGUGUGUGUGUACAUGCAUACAUUAGUGUCUCAGGUGUCUGAUCAGGUCUGUAAUAAGGUCUCUGAAGACUCAGCAGUUGACUUGAAUCUGCCUGAACUCUGCUGCAGUUUCACACUCUUUACUGCUUUAUUAAAAGAUGCUAUAUAAAGGAUUUUACUAUCAGUAUACAGCCAACGUUAGCAUUAACAACUGUUUACUUAACAAUAGUCACAGCCACAGGUCUGGGCGGCAGCAUUUCUUCGUUCUCUCAUGUUGUACUGAGGGGAGACACGACGCUACAGUGACUCACUAUCACCUCCUAAGUUACAAAGUGGUAUUACAAGCUGGGGCUAGCUGGUUAGCAUGCUAACUUCAGUAGAAGAAAACAACAGUUAACGUUGGCGUUGCUUUCCAUCAGUGGAGACAGCUCUGAGUGAGUCAGGGGAUGAAGUUUGAUGCUGAAAUAUUUCUUCUAGACUGGAUAGUGAACAGCUGUUGGCUUCCUAGCAACAGCAAAAUCUUACAUAGAGCAUCGUUAAUUCCUCCUCUGCUCACGGUAUACAUUGGUAUUUAGUACUAAAUCUGCUCAGACAGCUGUGAUCUGAGUCCUGGAUCAGAUGUUUACAUGUUUACAACUCAAACACUUUUUGUGUCUCUGGGUUGGUGCUGUUUACACGUGCAGACAAAUCAACAGGAUUCACCAAAAACCACAUCACAACUGGGACACUCGUGUGCAUGUACACAAACCUACGGCACAGUUUCUACUACUGGUGCUAGAACUUUUUUUAUUCCUCAGAAACACUUGGUGGAAAGAAAUAACACUGCCAGCACUUGACAAAGACCAAGAUGCAUCGCUGCUUUUUUCAAACAGCUCCUCAUCGUGCAGCUCUGCUCUGCUGAGCCCAGGACAACAAACCGUACAGACAGUAAACCCUGUCCCACUUCACGCUCUGCCUCCAAAACCCAAUCAGCUUCAGUGAUGCUCGACUUGUUCAGAAGGCUCUGAGAGAUGCUGCGACCAAGAGCGCGUGCGUUCUUUUGUUGAGUACGUCGUCUUGCCCAUCACAGGGGAGCUGACAUUGACAAGUGUAGAUUGUCUAAUUCAGGAAGAGGAGGCAGCUUCAGUCAGUGUUGGAUCCACAGAGAAUUAAUCAUCCAAACUGUUAAACCACUGAUCCAGGUGCUGGUUCUAGUUUCAUUAAUGUGACAAAUUGCUGCUUGUUAUGAAUUGAACCUAUGAACCUUUUGGGUUUUUGGACUGUUAGGUCCCUCACAUGAGCUCUGGGAAAUCCUCAUUUGCAUUUUCUGAACUAAUUUACUAAAUGAUCACUAAUGAGAAUAAGUGAUUGAGGCCACACCUGCAGAGGAGGCAGAUCUUGAAGCAGCACAGGUGAGACAUUAACUGGACAUGGAUUUUUUUAUGUGUCAUUUCUCAGCUGGUUUUUGGUUUAUUUUUCCUCCUCGUUGCUGCACCUGCCCACUGCACCUGUUAUGUACAUAAGACUGAAACUACGUGUAAUAAAUUAGCUUUUGAACAUGGUUGUUUGGAAACCUGAACGCCAUCCAGGAGGGUUUGUUAGUUUCUUAGUUUACAGACCAAAGGGGAUGAAUUUGCUGCAGAUUUCUCCGCUCUUGUUUUCGUGUCUCCUGUGAAAAUGUUUCUUGCUUUUUCUGACAAAAAACAACCACGACAAAAAGAUUCUCUGAACUGUUUUCAUUGGAGCCACUGUAGAUUUUAUUAUUAUUCAUUCACACGAGACCAGCAGCAUUUUGCACAAUAAGAGAGGAGCCAUGUCACGAAAACAAGACGUUUCUUCAGCAGUAAUGUAAAACCAGCUGAGUCAGAAUGGUUUUCUAUUAAAAGAACAAUUUUGUA